AUGACUCUUGCUCCCACACUUAGUGCUCCCGCGGCGCCGCAGGGUGCGAGUUUGAUCAAUCUCCUCUCCGGCGAGGUGAAAGUCAAAGUCUCAUCAGGCACCUCGAAAGAUGGCAAGUCCAUCCUCUCGGACUCGCCCGAAACUUGCUGGACAUCCGACAACCUCCCACCCAACAGCGACCCUUCUUCCGCCCACUACCUGCUCUCCUUCAAAUUGGCUCAGCCAAUCUCGAUAGCGGACCUGCACAGCCUCUCGCUCACCUUUGCAGGCGGCUUCAGCCCUAUGUCCUUCAACAUUCUGGCUUCGGAACAGGACGGCAAGACGUGGUCCCCUGUCGUCGCCGACCUCUUCCCCAAGGACACAAACGCAAAGCAAUACUUCGACAUCAGCGCGAUAGCCCGAGAAGCGAAGCAAGCCAGCUGGUUGCGAUUCGAGCUCAAUGGCAGCACGGACGACUACGGUCGCGUCACCAUCUAUCAAGCCGAGAUCUUUGGCGCCAGCAGCUCGGCAUAA